GGGGCGGCUGUCUGUGAAUUUUUUUUAAAAGCGGCCUGUGGCAAAGGAGGCAUGUGCCCGUUCCGACACAUCAGCGGGGAAAAGACAGUUGUUUGCAAACACUGGCUACGGGGACUGUGCAAAAAGGGAGACCAGUGCGAGUUUCUGCACGAGUACGACAUGACCAAGAUGCCUGAGUGUUACUUCUACUCCAAAUUUGGGGAAUGCAGUAACAAAGAAUGUCCGUUCUUGCACAUUGACCCGGAGUCUAAGAUCAAAGACUGUCCCUGGUAUGACAGAGGCUUCUGUAAACAUGGUCCCCUCUGCAGACACCGGCACACUCGAAGAGUCAUUUGUGUGAAUUACCUGGUAGGAUUCUGUCCAGAAGGGCCUACCUGUAAAUUCAUGCACCCUCGGUUUGAACUGCCAAUGGGAACCACAGAGCAACCACCACUGCCUCAACCGACACAAACACAGCAAAAGGUACACGAUUCCCCUGCCUCCCCUACACGCCUGUCAUUAUCCUUGAUGCACUUAAUGAGUCAGAACUCUUCUCCUAACCAACAGAGGACACCCCAAGUCAUUGGAGUCAUGCAGUCUCAAAAUAACAACACUGGGAACAGAGGACCCCGGCCGUUGGAGCAGGUCACCUGCUACAAGUGUGGUGAAAAAGGUCAUUAUGCCAACAGAUGCACCAAAGGACAUCUGGCCUUUCUCAGUGGACAGUGAAAGAGCAGAAGGAAGAAGCGCAAGGGAGCUGUUAACACUGAGAAAAGGUUUCUGCCUAGCACUAUGUCUUGAACUAUUAAUCAGGUUGUUUUUUAAUGCCAUUACUGAAAGAACUGGUCAGAGGCUGGCUGCUGCUAAGCAACGUUUUUGUAAUUGUCCACAACUUUUUUUUUGUUUUGUUAUGUUUUAACCUUUUUAAAACUGAUUUUGGCCUCCUCCCUCAUUGAGCCCAGCUGAAAGGUAGAUCUAAAAGCAAAUAGAUUAUUACAAACCCCUCACCGGUGCGGCGCUCUACGUAAACGCAUCUUAACGCCAGUGUUUCUUUAAAGUGUUUUCCUUCUGCCACUUCUCUUUGGAGAACUUGUAAGUGUUUCAGCCCUCCCUGUGGAAGCAGGAAGACUGACUGGGGAAAACUUAAUACUUGAAAUGCCUUCCCUUCAGUGAAAGAAGCAGGGAUUCUGCUGUCCUUGUAGCUCUUAAAAAGCAAAGUCUCGUUCCCACGUCCAGCCUGUUCUAGUUGGUAAGCUUGUCUUGGUGGCUGACUUAACGAAUCACGUACAUCAGGCUGUAAAAACUCUUGUCCACUUGCUUUGUUUCUGUGCUUCUUGCUAUACUGAAGGUUAGAAAUUAAUCUUCUGGGUGAGAACCUAUCAAGGGGAGAAAAAAAUUGUCAUCUCUGU